CACCUCCUCCUCCAUCCUUCUGGCUCCGAUCGUCCGUCCCCUCCUGCAGUCUCCUUUUGGUCCUGUCUGUGCUUGUGUACUCGUGUACUCUUGUACUCAGUCGCUCUCCUCCAUCCACACUCUCCUCUCAGACCCCCGUCUAGAUCUCGUCUACUCCGCAACUCCGCGGCUACUAUCGCCCCGAUCUCGACCGACGACCACCGACACCAACUCUAUAUACAAGACGCACAAUUCCCUCACCUCACCACACCACUUCUCACAACCGGCAACCCAUACCUUCUAUACCAAUAUUAGCAAACACACCUGCGACCGACUACAGGCCCUAGUCCUAUCCGACUAGCGUACCCCUGUCAGUCCAAAUCUACUCCCUCCAUCUCUAUACUCUCACCGUGGCUCCCCCCCUCGCCACCAUGUCCACCAACCGGCCAUUCCUGGCCAACUUCCUAGCGGCCUUUCGCGCCCAGUCCACAUACAAAGCCUCAGCGGCAGGUUCACAAUCCGCGACCGCUGGUCCAUCCUCCUCUCUCUCCUCCACCCAAAUCUCCCAAGGCGCACGAGCCAUAGCCACCAAGGCCAGCAACGGCAACGCAGCCGCUUCCUCAUCAGAUGCCUCUCCAUCCACCACCACCCAUCACUACCACCAUCAUUCCACCACAAGCGCUUCAUCCUCCUCCCACUCCCGUCCUCACUCGCACCAGCGAUCUCCAUUGAACCAACCCGAAUCUUCCCCAGCAUCCCCGGCCCCACCUCAGACCCAGCAGGCCGCUUCUUCUCCACCCACUCCGGCCGCAUCAAACCCCAUUCCGAUCACAAACAGCCAAGGCCGCCAGCGUCGCGGCAGCGACAGCUCCAGUGGCUCGGGAGGGUUCCGCGAUGCGCUGGGUCCGGAGAAGUGGUAUAUCGGAGGUCGAACGCCUGGCGGGGAGGAGCGGUUCUACCGUUUAGGGAUGGUGACGAAGGGCGGAGGUCGGCUCGGUGGGAGCGGUAGAGUGGGAAGCAUUGAUCAGCUAAGUCUGUGACUGACUGAUUGAUUGAUUUAUUGAUUCAUGGUGUUUGGGGAUAUGAGCGUUAUGGUGGAGUUUCUUCCCUUCAUUUUUCUCUAUUACAAUUUCACCCCCCCAUGAUUAGGGGUUAUUGGCGUCCAAGUAGGGCAUUGGAUGGCGUUAUACUUUCCUUUUCUUUUCUUUCUUCCUUUUGUUUUCCCCCCUUUCUAUCCCUCCGGUGAAUGGAAUACAGACAAAAAAGGUACCGCUUUUAACUUUCGGGGGGUUCGAUUCUCUUAUUAUAUGAUUGAUCCAUUCCCUUCUGGUGUUGAUAUGGAAUCUUCUUUCUCCGCUCC